CAUCGCGGACAGAUUCUACCAAAACGGGGCACACGUCCCUUUAAUCCCUUCCCUGCCCACAAAACAGCGCCAGCACGACGCGCAACGGGCGGCGGCGGCAGCAGCAGCAGCAACCGCUCUCUUGAGUCUCAGAUAAGAACAGGAAUCAUCGCGGCUUCUCGCCGUGUCCGUGUUGGAGAGGGAGUUUGAUUUGCAAUCCUGUAGUAUAUACACGCACCCAACCGUAGUCCUAAUCCUCUCUCGGCUUUCCCCCGGGUAGAUUAACCCAAGGCUCGCGGUUGGGUUUUGGUGAGUGGGGGCGAAAGAAUCCGAACGACGGAGAAGGCAACGCUUUGCAGCAGCAGCAAAUGGACCGAGGGGUGGAGCUGAUGGGGUGCGUCUGCCGGAUCAAGAACUGCGCCGUCGAGCUCCUGGAGAUGGAGGAGGAUCUGGUGAUUGGCAUGGACGACGACGACAGGGACCUGUUCUGGAGUGAGCUCCAGCUGAAGACCACCUUCCUUUACAUUGAUCUGAGCCGGGUGAUCUCCUCCAGCGAGAGCGAUGAGCGCAGGGAGGCGCUCACCCUGCUCACCAACAAGCUCUUCUACUUCUUGGAGGAGCUGACCGACGCGGUGACGAGCGGAAGCGUCUCCUUCACGAAGCUGUGCUACGGCGACGCCGCUCAGGCUCUCCGUGAGGUGGUCGCCUUCCUCGCGCCGCCGCAGUAGCUAUACCCUGGUGGGCUCAUGAUCCCAGCACUUCACUGCACUGCACUGCAAAUCUGAUAUGCUCUGAAUUCUGAAGGCAGUAGGGAGAGUCAGAGGCACUAGCAAGGCAAGGAACUUCUAGAAGUGUCUCUAGAAACUCUUGGAGAAGGAUGAGUCUAUGGCUCCUGUGUAAGAAGCAUGUGAGAAGAACUGAAGCUAGAUCACCCGUGUACAUGCAUGAUGAGAUCAUGAGAGCAUUGCCUCUCGAGUUUGAAGCAAAGCAAGAAAGAUAUAAUAUCUUAGGGCGUGCCUCUUUCCAGCAAAAAAA